ACAGGUAACAUUUUGCUGAGCUAUCCCGAGGACGACAUCUUCAUCGACAUCAUCAAGGUGCUGGUGGCCAUCUCCAUCAUCCUCACCUUUCCCACCGUCCUUUUCCCAAGCCGCGUGUCUCUCGACAACAUCAUAUUCCCCGACAAGGACAUUGCGCCUCACCCCUGGCUGCAGUACUUCAUCGGGAAGGACCGACUGCGCACGAUGAUCGCCACGGCCAUGCUCAUCGUUCCCGCCUACAUACUCUCCAUCACGCUCCCCGGCGUCACCAUCGUCUUCAGCUUGACCGGGAGUACGGCUUCGACGUGUUGCUCGUACCUCUUCCCGGGCUGGUUCUACCUCAAGUUGUCGGAGCGAAGCUGGAAGGAUCCCCGCUCGUGGCCAGUGAUCCUGCUGCUCGUCUUCGGCCUCAUUUUUGGCACCAUCUCCACCGUUAUCAUCAUCCUCGACCUCUUCAUCGAAGUACCCUAA